GGGGGUCGCCACAACGUGAGGAACUCUAUUAAAAGGUCACAGCAUUAGGAAGAUUGAGAACCCCGGCUCUAGAUAGUCAUAUUUUUCACCUUAGGUCCUUCAAGAACUUGGACUAUUAUUAGUAUGUGGUAAGGCCAUAGAAUUUGGGGGACUGUAUUAAGUCCAAGCUAUUAGCUAUACUAUUGCCAUGUUACCAAACACUGACCAUUUGGGGCCUCAGUUCCUCACUCAAUCAUAUAAGAGGUCAGAAUUAAGACAGAGACAUCUUCCAGUUCUCAGUUGUCGAUGAAUAACAAUAUAGGAUUGCUACCCAGGCUCUAAAGAAGACAUGGGCAAAAGGUUGUAAAUUAGUCAGCUCUCAUUUUCUACGGGCCUAAAGAUCAUGCUGAUGGCUGUUGAUCUUAGACUACGGUGUGAAAUUAAUUAAUGUACCUUCUUAAGUGAUAUAGAGUGACUUGGGUGUGGGGGCAAACUUGGAUCAAUAUGUGUGGCACACUAAAAGGUUAUAUGAAUCAUUGCUUAUUAGAAUGGUUGAUAUCAUCCAAAUUAAUAGCUGAGUCCCCAAUGCCUUAAUGAUUCAUCUUUCGUGGUGCGGCAUGUACAAGGCCUUAGACAAAGAAUGUAUCAGCUCCCAGUAUGAAAACGGUGUCCUUGGGGAAUGGCAUAAAUAAUAGUCUACGUGGAGUAUUGACUUGUAAGCUCUCUGGCUUAUGGAACAUUUGGUUUAUUGUGUCUAAAUCAUAGAUGAUAUAUUACUUAACCAAUUAAUUAGGUCUGACUCUGAUCACAUUUGCCCGCCAGAGCUGUGUUUAUUUAAUAUGCUUCCAUGUAGAAAAUGAGUCUUUGGCAACAAGCAGAAGAAAACUGUAUAGCCGCAGUGGUUGAGUGAGUCAGGUCCUAAGGCUACUCCAGCAAUCUUCCUUACAAUUCCUUUGAAAUACAUGCUGCAGGACAAAGCAUCUCACAGUGUAAGAGUGGCUCCGUAGUCCUAAGAAUCCACAGUGAAUUAAAGUCUAGACUCACUCAUUUGUCAGUGGAAGGGGGAGGAGGGAGAAAGAGCAAAUCAGAUAUGCCCAAAAUGUGACAGAGGUACCAGGGAAUCAAGGAUGCUGUUGCCAGUCUGUGCAUAGUGAAGAGGGCGAUAUCACAGCCAAGCAGCAGCAGGAGCAGCGUUGUUCUCAGAAACAGUCACAUAAACAGCAGCCCGGGUAGGCCUCCUCCCUUCCGAAGCAGCAUACUGCAGCCUGGUGAAAUGCAAGGCUCUGAGGUUUGACAAUCUCCGGAGGUGAGCAUGGCUACCGUAAAAGCCUUGCUCAGAAACCCUGAUGAUCUGGACAGGCAAAACUCCACAUUAGCAAUAGUUCCUUUGGGAAGCGAAAUGCUACCUUUUCUAGAGUUUUGCCAGUAGGCAGCCCCCUUAAAGAAGAUCUCAAAUUACCUGUAGGAAAAUUUUAAAAGGCAGACAGAGAGAACAAAGUUUUGGCAUGCCUGCAGAAACAGCAGUGUCUGUAAGAGCUACCUAGAGACGAGGAGCUAAGGGUUCAUUUGCCCAUGACUCUUACCUGGGAGUGGAAGGUGGGAAGAAAUGGACAGUGGCCGUGACGAGAAGACGAGGCACAGUGCAGCUUGGUGAAGCCACGCUCCGACUGCGUCCUGCCCCCUCUUCAUGCAGUGCUGCGGGCUGGUACAUCGCCGGCGAGUACGGGUGUCCUAUGGUUCGGCAGACUCCUACACCAGCCGCCCAUCCGAUUCAGAUGUGUCUUUGGAAGAGGACCGGGAGGCAGUACGUAGAGAAGCUGAGCGGCAGGCCCAGGCCCAGUUGGAAAAAGCAAAGACAAAACCUGUUGCGUUUGCAGUUCGGACCAAUGUCAGGUACAGCGCAGCCCAGGAGGAUGAUGUUCCGGUGCCAGGCAUGGCCAUCUCAUUCGAGGCAAAAGAUUUUCUGCAUGUUAAGGAAAAAUUUAAUAAUGACUGGUGGAUAGGACGAUUGGUUAAAGAAGGCUGUGAAAUCGGAUUUAUUCCAAGCCCAGUCAAACUAGAAAACAUGAGGCUACAGCAUGAACAGAGAGCCAAGCAAGGGAAAUUCUACUCCAGUAAAUCAGGAGGAAAUUCAUCAUCCAGUCUGGGUGACAUAGUACCUAGUUCCAGAAAAUCGACACCUCCAUCAUCUGCUAUAGACAUAGAUGCCACUGGCUUAGAUGCAGAAGAGAAUGAUAUUCCAGCAAACCACCGCUCCCCUAAGCCCAGUGCAAACAGUGUAACGUCACCCCACUCCAAAGAGAAAAGAAUGCCCUUCUUUAAGAAGACAGAGCACACUCCUCCUUAUGAUGUGGUACCUUCCAUGCGACCUGUGGUCCUAGUGGGCCCUUCUCUGAAGGGGUAUGAGGUUACAGAUAUGAUGCAAAAAGCACUGUUCGAUUUUUUAAAACACAGAUUUGAAGGGCGGAUAUCCAUCACAAGAGUCACUGCUGACAUCUCCCUCGCCAAACGCUCAGUGUUAAACAAUCCCAGUAAGCAUGCAAUAAUAGAGAGAUCCAACACAAGGUCAAGCUUAGCGGAAGUUCAGAGUGAAAUCGAAAGGAUUUUUGAACUUGCAAGAACACUACAAUUGGUAGUCCUUGAUGCAGAUACAAUUAAUCACCCAGCUCAACUCAGUAAGACCUCUUUGGCCCCUAUUAUAGUGUAUGUAAAGAUUUCUUCUCCUAAGGUUUUACAAAGGUUAAUAAAAUCUCGAGGGAAAUCUCAAGCAAAACACCUCAAUGUCCAGAUGGUAGCAGCUGAUAAACUGGCCCAGUGUCCUCCGCAGGAGUCAUUUGAUGUGAUCUUGGAUGAGAACCAGCUUGAGGAUGCUUGUGAGCAUCUGGCCGACUAUCUGGAGGCCUACUGGAAGGCCACCCACCCACCCAGCAGUAACCUCCCCAACCCUCUCCUUAGCCGAACUUUAGCCACUUCAACUUUACCUAUGAGCCCCACCCUAGCCUCUAAUUCACAGGGUUCUCAAGGUGAUCAGAGGACUGAUCGCUCUGCUCCCCGGUCUGCUUCCCAAGCUGAAGAAGAACCUUGUCUGGAACCAGUCAAGAAAUCCCAACAUCGUUCUUCCUCCUCAGCCACACACCAAAACCACCGCAGUGGGACAGGUCGAGGCCUCUCUAGGCAAGAGACAUUUGACUCUGAAACCCAGGAGAGCCGAGACUCUGCCUAUGUGGAGCCAAAGGAAGACUAUUCCCAUGAACACGUGGACCACUAUGCCCCACACCGGGAACAUAACCACAGAGACGAGACCCACAGCAGCAAUGGCCACAGACACAGGGAGUCUCGCCACCGCUCUAGGGACGUGGGUCGAGAGCAGGACCACGAGUGCAACAAACAACGAAGCCGGCAUAAAUCUAAGGAUCGCUACUGUGACAAGGAAGGGGAAGUAAUAUCCAAGAGGAGGAACGAGGCUGGCGAGUGGAACAGAGACGUCUACAUCCGCCAAUGACCGUGUGUGUUCCUGCCCCCGAGUCUUGUGUAACAUCAUCCUUAAGCAAAAUCUUUGGGGGUACAUUGCAACCAUCUGUGAUCUGUCUUGUAUAUUUUGUAUUGCUGUUGCUUGAAUAGCAAUAGCAUGCAAUCAAGUAUUAAUAUACAUUCUUUUGUAAGUACCACAUAAAUUGGCCUAGUCCAGCUGCAGUCCUCCACCUUUACCCUGGACUCUCCCAAAGCUGUUUGGGGUAGCUGCCACUUAACAGAGUGGCUUCUAAAAUGUAGUUAAUGUAUCCAGUGAGCCAGAUGCAGCACAGAUGACCAGUGGAAUUUCUCCAGAUUUUUAAUACCCAGAUACCUGGCCUGUGUCAUUCUUUCAUGGACCACUGUUUCUUGCUUGUACCUCUGGCUGACUAAAUUUGGGGACAGAUUCAGUCUUGCCUUACACAAAGGGGAUUAUAAAGUUAGAAUCUAUUUUCUAUGUACUAGUACUGUGUACUGUAUAGACAGUUUGUAAAUGUUAUUUCUGCAAACACCUUAUUAUAAUUAUAUAUAUAUAUAAUAUAUAUAUAUCAGUUUGAUCACACUAUUUUAGGGUCUUAAUGCCAAGUCAGCAGAUUUGCUUUAUGAAUCACAGGGACUAGAAAUACCCACAUUCAGGAAAUUUCUAAUAAAAUUGUCUAGACACCUCUCCCCAUUCUAAAAGAGAGCCUGUACAUAUUGUAAAUAUGUGUGAUUGCUUGACUUGAGGUUUGAUUUCUGAAUGUUAUCCCAUCCUUUGAAGUUUUUAAUUUUAACCAUAAAUUAUGGUAACUAUAACCAAACUCCAGAGGUUUUUCUACUCCAUACAGUCCACAACUGAUUGUGACAAACACGUUCUUAGCAGCUAGUGUCUGCUAUAGUCACUGCACUGGAGUAUCCAAGCCGAAGCCGCCGUGUGCACAUGAGUGUGAGUGUGUGAGUGACUGAGAUGAAGUGGAAUACAAAAGACUAACGCAGAAACUAGAGGCUGAUGGCUGAGAAUUCUGCUCACCUGGCUUAGUAUUUAACUGUGUUUUAUGUUGCUUUAAAAAUCCAUGGAGCAGCCAGGGAAUGUGAAGAAGCUUGCUGCCAAAGGUAACCAGGGGAGCACUCAUCUGCUGCCUCUUGCUUUACUCCUGAGAAGAGAAAACACGGGCAUCUUGUACUGUGAGUGUUCCACUGGAAAUGUACAAUCUUGUGUGUCAGAGUAUUUUGUUUUAGUAAGAAAUGUUUACACAGCUUGUGCAAUUAUUUCGUAGGGAAAUAAAUUUUUAUAACUUAUCCCACUUCA